UCCACCCAGGACUGUCCUCUCUCCGCGGGAAGGUCGCGCAGGCGCAGAGCCGCAGCAGGUUCCCAGAUCAGAGAUGGCCAAGAUCCCGCGGGGUUCGGGGUUGGAACCCAGAGACCUCCCCGAGGAGGUGAUCGGCUACAAACCGGAGCAGAAACUCCGGCUCCAGCAGCUGCGCGAGCUCCGGCGCCGCUGGCUCAAAGACCAGGAGCUGAGCCCCCGGGAACCGGUCCUUCCCCCGCGGAAGGUCGGCUGGGUGGAAGGUUUCUGGCAGCGCUUCCUUCAGCCCGAGAGGUUGUGGAAGAGACAGGUAUUCAAUGUCUACAAUGCUGGAAAAUAUGCUAUAAUUCACCUUUUUAUUCCUCUGUGGAUUGCCCAUUAUAUUGUCAAGUAUCAUUUGCAGCCCACUCCCUAUGGGAUUAUUGAAAAGAAGCCUGUGAUAUAUCCAGGAGACAGGAUGGAGGAAAAAGGAAUUCCCCCACCACCACAUGGAACUGCAACAGAAUUACCAUUUUGUGAGGACUGAGAUACUCUUAAGACCUGCAAAAUGAAAACACUUACUUUAUUGUUUCCUAUAUAAAU